AAGCUAGCAUCAGCUAAAUAUCCUUGCAAAUUCGUCAGUGUUGUGUAUUAAGUUGUGAUUCGUAGUUUGAAAUCGAAUUCCUUGUCAUUUUUUUCUGAUUUUAACCAUAAUAAGUGCAGUUAGGUAAUCGAUAUAUCCCUCGAAUAUUUUUAACUGCUGAUUCUUUAUUAAUGUAAUACCUUUGUUGAUUUUUUUUCUAACGAAGCUGAACGGUGCCUGAGGUUAUAGUUAUGAUUAUGAGAAUAGGAAGUAUCUGAAACUGCAAUGACUUGUGAGUCAGACGUUCUGCUUUAAGGGGUUCUAUAGCCUAUAGUGUGUCUGUGCUGCAUCUAUACCAGAGGUGUCAAAAUAGUACAUGGGUACUUAAAUAGUCUGAAGUGUUAACUGUACUAUUUCUGGUUAUGACUAGUACCAUUUCAUUUCAUGUUCUCAUUCUCAGUAUGUUCAUGCUAUUCAACCUUCUUGUAAAACUGUAAGGCAGGAGGGAAUUAAAAAAGCCCUGACCAAUGCAGUGUACAUGCCCAAGUGUAUGUCAACCAAAUCAACAGCCUCAUUAAUUUGCUUUCCAUUCACUUCUGGAGUCAUCCCCGUAGAAAAAGUAAAGCUGUGCAGAUGACCAGUGCUGUUGCGAAUGGUGCUACUGAUGCCCCUCGUGCCAAGAGGGCCAGGCUGGAGGAUGAAGACUCUGAUGAAGACUCAGAUGAAGCUGCCGUCUCCCCUGCCACCAUGAGUAAGGUGGAAGACUUCCUACUGCCUUUCCAGCUCUCACGGGAGAAACUGCGUGAGGUGUCCUCAAAGCUCCGUAAGGACCUCAUCAGAGGGCUGGGCAAGCACACCCAUCGCCGAGCCCCGGUCAAGAUGCUGCCUACCUUCGUCAGGGAUACCCCAGAUGGGACUGAGACAGGGGACUUCCUGGCUCUGGAUCUGGGCGGGACUAAUUUCCGUGUGCUGCACGUGCGUGUGGAGGAGAACCUGCAGAAAGUGUUGAAGAUGGAUUCUCAAGAGUGUGCCAUCCCCCAGGAGAUGAUGCAGGGGCCUGGAGAGGAGCUCUUUGAUCAUAUAGCAGCUUGCGUAGCUGAGUUCCUGGAGUCAAUAGAACUCAAAGACAAGGUUCUCCCUCUGGGUUUCACCUUCUCCUUCCCCUGUGAGCAAAAAGACAUUGACAUGAGCAUUUUGAUCCGGUGGACUAAGGGCUUUGCCUGCUCAGGAGUGGAGGGGCAGAAUGUGGUGCAGCUGCUGAGGGAGGCCAUCAAGAGGAGAGGGGACUAUGACAUAGGUUCUGUUGCCAUGGUGAAUGACACUGUGGGCACCAUGAUGAAUUGUGGGUACCAGGACCAGAGUUGUGAGAUUGGCAUGAUCAUUGGCACGGGAACCAACGCCUGCUACAUGGAGGAGAUGCGUAACGUGAAGCGUGUGGAAGGGGACGAGGGACGCAUGUGCAUCAACACGGAGUGGGGGGGCUUUGGGGACGACGGGUCCCUGAGGGACGUCCAGACGGAGUUCGACGUGGAAGUUGACCGCACCUCCAUCAACCCGGGUGUCCACACGUUUGAAAAAAUGAUUAGUGGUAUGUAUCUGGGUGAGGUGGCUCGACUGGUUCUGAUAGAAAUGGCCAAGAAGAAUUUGCUCUUUGGGGGCGAGACGUCAGAGGCACUCUUAACUCCUGACAGCUUUGAAACUCGAUUCAUCUCCGAGAUAGAAGAGGAGGACACUGGUCUGGAACAUGCCCAGCAGAUCCUUACUGAAGAUCUGGGACUCCCUGCAGGCCCGGAGGACUGUGAGAUUGUGCGGCUGGUCUGUGACACCCUCUCUACCCGCUCUGCACGAUUAUGUGGUGCAGCCCUGGUCACCAUAGCCAAUCGGAUCCGCAAUAACCGCGGACUGACCCACUUGACCACCACAGUGGGGGUGGAUGGUACUGUUUACACAAAGCACCCACAUUACAGUGACAGACUUGAGGAGACGGUUAAAGCCUUGGCACCCAAAUGCAACAUCAAAUUUAUGGUGACAGAUGAUGGCAGUGGUAAGGGAGCUGCUAUGGUUACGGCUGUUGCACAGAGACUUGCAAUUCAUUCUAAACUACUAGAGGACAGCGAUGGAGAUGAGGAGGAUGAAGAUGAA